AUGGCCUCGAACGGCUACUCGACUCAAGCGCAGGACCAGGGCAAGUCCAUUAUCGCAAAGAUCAAGUCCUUGACGGUAAAUGAACUUAAGAACCUUCUGAAAGUCCUUGGUAUCGCAGUCAGUGGCGUCAAGACCCAGCUCCAACUGAGAGCAAUAGCACACAUUGAGCAAGCACAGAAUUCUGGUCGCAUGGAAAUCCUCGACAUGGCACGCAAGGAACUCGGCCUCAAUAGCUACACGCCCGCUCCUUCAUAUCCCUCACCCUACUCAAAUGCUACGCCUGCACAGUCCGCAUCGCCUCAAUUUACCUCGCCCGCCAACAGAUACGGAGCGCAAAUAGGUGGCUACGGCUCUGCUAAGGCGAGUCCUUAUCAGGUGUCGGGCACCGUCCGCUUCGGAAACUCGCCCUUCUAUCAGAUCUUGAGACCACUGUCGCAGCAGCAGGAGCUGAAGGCCAGAGAAACCACCAGAGAUGCUGCAAGAGUAUCAGUCGUGCUCCCACAAGAUGUCGCAGACCAAAUACAGAAGAACACCAGAUAUAGGGUCAUGGUCGAGUUGAAAUGUAACGGCGAGGACGUCAAGGCCAACCUACGAGGGCUGAAGAACAAGCCGGGCUCAACGAGGCCCGCCGAUAUCACACAUCUACUGCGCAAGAAGCAGCCUGGAUAUCGAAACGAAGUCGAGAUGGUCUAUGCAUUGACCAAUAAGGAGAAAUCAAUUCAGAAAUUCUGGAUGGUCGUCAACUACGUCGAGAAGAAACAAGUCGACGAUCUUGUCCGAGACCUGAAGCACGGCAAAGCCUUGACCAAGGACCAGGUCAUCCGAGAAAUGAAGAAAGAGGCCGCCGAUCCCGACAUCGAGGUCAGCUCUCGAUCGGUAACACUCAAGUGUCCUAUCACCUAUGCUCGUAUGAAGACACCCUGUCGCGGAGUAGGGUGCAAACAUAAUCAAUGCUUCGAUGCUGCCUCGUAUCUUCAACUACAGGAACAAGCACCAACCUGGACUUGUCCACAUUGUAAUAAAUCGGUGCCAUGGGAGCAAUUGGUGGUCGACCAAUACAUCCUCGACAUUCUCACCUCUACCAGUAGCGACACCGAUCAGGUUACUGUCGAGCCGGACGGAAGGUGGCACAUGGACGACACCACUCCUGCACCAGUGAACCGGAAACGAAAGGCAAAUGCCACUCCGGACUCGGAUGAUGACGAUGAUAUCAUCGAGUUGGACGCCGAUCCGCCAGUCGUGAACGGAGCAUCGCUCGGGUCACCGCAGACACUGACGCCAAGGUCCAUCCAGACUCCACCAGUCAACGGACGAGAAAGCUCUGCUGCAACAUCACACCGGUCAGCCUCCACGGGCAAACGACCCCGACACAACGAAGUCAUCGACCUCACACUCUCGGACGAGGACGAGGACCAAGAUGCCAGGCCACCUGUAAAGUCACGACCCUCGUUGCCAAAUGUCUUUUCCACCACGUCCACUUCUAACCUCAACCCGAAUACACCUGCAUACAGGACUAGGCCACCAGACUUACCAUCACUGUCACCUACUUCAAGUGUUAGUCCUCAUCUACAGCACCAGCAGCCGUCCAACGCCCACGCCUACUCUCAUCGGUACCAGUUCCAAUUACCCCCCUUUGACGCGAUACAUCGAUUUAACCCUGACAGCAGUUUCGGAAACGCCAGUUCGCUCAACGGUAGCGGCAGCGGCUAUGGUCCAUCACCGUUGGGUGGGAGCAGCGGAAACGUAAGCAGUAGCGGAGGCACAGGGGCUGGUCAACCAAAUGGCGCGUUCUAG